AUGAUUAACGAAGCAGCGGCUGAUCAGCUCGCCUUUGGCGUAAAUCAACUAGAAAAGGUUCCAAAGGUAGCCGUUACAGUCAUUUGCUUCCUGCUUCUUUGGAGUUUCACGGUUACUCUUUACUAUCCUCCUUCAGACAUCCAGAAUUAUGAUAAUCCCACCGCAGAUUCAAGCUCAAACUCAAACUCUUCAACGUUGUCAAGUCUGGAACAGGAUCAGAAAGAUUCUGAUUCUCCCCAAGGCCAAAGUCCGGUGACCCAAAGAGCUGGUGGUGAGAGAAGAAAAACGGGAAGAAGCGCAGUAACAGGGAGAGAAAAUUGCGAUUUGUUUUCAGGGGAAUGGGUUCUGAAUCCAGAGGCACCUUAUUAUACGAAUGCAACUUGCUAUACGAUUCAAGAUCGUCAUAAUUGCAUGAAAUAUGGAAGGUCCGACACGGAUUACUUGAAAUGGAGGUGGAAACCGGACGGAUGCGAGCUACCUGUAUUCGACCCGCUUCAGUUCCUGGAAAUUGUUCGUGGGAGGUCUAUUGCUUUUGUUGGAGAUUCUGUGGGAAGGAAUCAUAUGCAAUCACUGAUGUGCCUCUUGUCCAGUGUUCUUCACCCUCUCAAAUUGUCUUCAGGCGAUAACAGCCAGUAUGAGCACUGGGUGUACAAGGAUUACAACUUCAACAUUUCCAUGUUUUCAUCUCCAUAUUUGGUAAGAUCAGAAAUUGGCAAUCCAGACGAUGAUGUAACCAGCACUUGCAGUUUGUAUCUUGACGAAGCUGAUGAAAGCUGGAGUACAAAACUAGAUAGCUAUGACUACGUUAUCAUCUCAUCCUCACAAAGGACCAUAACUCCAUCACACCUUGAAAGCGGGGAGUGGGACGAAGGUGGAGAUUGCCUGAGGAGGAAGAGGUCGUUUAAGUGGAAUGAGACUGUUUUGGAGGAUUAUGAUUCGGAAAUGCGGAGGAUACAAAUUCAAGAACUGAAAAUUGCACAAGAAGAAGGAAACAAGAGGGGCUUAAGGUUUAGAUUACUAGAUGUAACAGACAUGAUGUUGGUUAGGCCUGAUGGUCACCCGGGUAAAUAUGGGCACAGGCCGCAGGAGAGAAUUAGUAAUGACUGCGUGCAUUGGUGUUUGCCUGGGCCGAUUGAUACGCUCAGUGAUUUCUUGCUUGAGUUGCUAAAGAGGGAACAACUCAAAAACUCAUUAAAUUUUUUUUCCCCGCCAGUUGUUCAAUGA